UUUUUUCCCCUGAAAAUUUUAAAAUUAAUGCUUAACGAAACAUUAAUUCCUCAAAUGAUGUUAUCCUUUAAUUCUGUGUGUUUAUCUCAUGGCUGCUUCUUACUGCCUGUGAUAACUCUCAAGCUUGCAGGACCAGUACUCAUAGGCCACAUAAAGUUACACAGCCCCUGUCUGAGGGUCAAUCUGUUACUUCGCCUCCUGUUUCUGUGCCUGAUUUUUACUGUUGGGAGAGUUAUGGGCUCAUUCCACCAGAGAGCUAGGAGCAGGUUAUCGUGGAGGACAUGGAGGUGAUCAGGGAGCAAGAGCUUGAACACUUGCAUCAACGAUGUGACUGUCCAGAUGCAGCCCAGUGCAGACCCUUUUGAUGUGUGGUUGGGCUCAUAGAAUCAUUUAGAUUGGAAACAAAACUUUAAGAUCAUGGAGUCCAACAAAGUUAGCAGCCAAAUCUGCCAGAUUGGUGACACUUGGCACGUUUGUCGUAUCACGAAGGUACCAUUUGACCUGGAACCAGCUAAAUCCAGGGUCCUGCUUUAAAGAAGACUUAAGUCCCUGUCUGAGUUUCCUUCUUAGGCUGGUUAAUAAUCUGGUCUUGGUUUUUGUGCAAUCAAUACUUAAAUGUGAAGACCGGGAGCUGUAUCCUCAGGGCAGGGAGGAGAGGGGUGCUGCAGCUCUUGGAUCUGCUCGUCUCCCAUUUGUUAGCCCCACUCAGAGCUUAGAGUGCACUGCUAACUUGAGCACUUUGUUUCCCAUCUCUCACUGGAAGUAGCAAAACUGGCCCGUUUUUCCAAUUCCUCUGUGGUGCCAGAGCCCUGCAGUCCUUGGCUAGGGCCUGGAGUUCAGGGGGGUCUGUCUGUGUCUCACGUGUGAGAAAGUCACCAGGACUUGUGAGUAGGACUCUUAUUUUUGGCCCUGUAAAUGACCGUAUAUACAGCUACGGAUUUUCACAGGACUUAAAAAUGUAAGCUAUGAAGGGCUUGCUGUGAUUUUUCAGGAUUUACUAAAGGCCCAAGAGGAUUUACUGAGUUUAUCAAGUGUAAGUGUAGUUCAGCUCUGAACUCUGAUUGACUUGAAGGCUAAGCACUCUAGGGUUUGGAUGCUUCUCUGAACCAAAUAACAACGUUGGACAAGAUUCACUCAUGUUAAUUUUGUCACUCCCUCUAGUUACUUUUAUUUUUUCAGCACAAGAUUGAUUUAAUUUCUGUAUAGAUCCUGAUUUGUUUUCUCUUUUUCUGUCUCAGUUCACAUUCAGGCAUGCCGUGCUUUGAUGAUUACUUCCAUCCUUUUGGGAUUCCUAGCUGCAGUGAUCGCGCUGCUUGGUUUGAAGUGCACAAAGGUUGGGUUGAGCGAUGAAGAAGCAAAAAUGAAGUUUGCUGUCACAGGAGGAUUUCUUUUUAUUUUAGGAGGUCUCUGCUCCAUGGUGGCUGUUUCUUGGUACGCUGCGAUGGUUACGGCUCAAUUUUUUGACCCAUUGUUUGCUGGAACCAAGUAUGAACUAGGAGAUGCUCUGUACUUAGGCUGGGCUGGAUCUGUUCUUUACAUCGUUGGUGGGAUCUUACUGACCUGUUCAUGCAAAGGGAAGAAAAAGCAGGAUUACAGUUGCAACAAAUACGCAUAUUCAGCAGGGCAGGCAGCUCAGCAGCACCGCAUUUACACCAAAGACUCCGAGACAGUCAUAAGCAACAAGGAGUAUGUCUAAAGUUACCUUUUACGUCGCUUGUAACGUUAGUAGGUUAUGAACUCAAAUAAAGAAGUGAACUACUUCCAGGGAUCCAGUUCCAAGUUGCAAUUUUUCAUCUUAAUUUGGAGCAGUACACGGAGGAGGUAUGGUUUUCAAUGUAAAUAGGAAUGGUGUUCUGGGAAUGUUUUUCAAAUGUAAAUAGGUUUCUACUGAAAAUGCUGUGAUGUGAAAUCCAGUGGCAUGAAGGUUUUCUGCAUGCUGGAGAAGCCUGGUAAAAUUUAACCACAGCGUGCCUUGUAUUCUGACAAUCAAGAGCAACUGUUUCUAUUUCAGCUGACUCAGAAAUGCGGAACUGAUAUGCUGUAGCUGACUGCAAGCUAAUACGCCUCAGUUAGAAAUGUGUUGUGUUUUCAUUACUGUUUAGCUUCCUGCUUUUGUUUAGCAGCUUUAGCCUUUUACGGGAAAUAAACUUUAUUCCACAGGCUGACUGAAACAGAUUUUUUGAUGAGUGGUAUCCUGGCCAUUAAUAAGGAUAAAGUCUACGUACUGUGAGCUUGAAGUCUCCUGUUACACUGAAUGUCAUAUUAUGUAUGAUAGUCUAGAUUUAUGAAAGCUACAAAAAAUUCUUUAAUAACCACUCACCUCCAAAUCUGCAGAUGUGCAACAGAUUUCUUGUUGCUUGUAACGGAGCCAUCAAAGAUAAGUGAUACAGAAUGAACCAAAGCUGGGAAUGGAGAAAGUGCCUUGUGAUAGCUAAGAAGAUGAUAGGCCCAGUUUUUUAUUUUUAUUUCUAUGUUUUCAGCUUUUAAAAUAAUCCUAUUUUAACAUUGAGAAAUCUUUACCUUUGGGAGCUUCUACUGCAUCUGAACAGCCUAAUUCAUGUAAUACCCCAGUGGCUUUUUUCUUUGUCAUUGUUCCAUCAUUAGAAUUUCUGCCUUAAACUACUCCACUGCUGGGAGUGUAUGUUUGCCUUGUCUAACUUUACUUUGUGUUGAUGCUUUGAGCAACGUGGAAUGGAAUUUCAUACUGCACGUCCACGGGUUUUAUAAC